UAUUCUUCUCAACACACACAAGGAAACAUGGAGAAAUCUCGCUCACUUGAUAUCACAGCCAUCUCUGCUGAGGGCCUACGAAUUGGCAGCCGUUCCAUCAAGAAGAACGUCUUCAUGACCGUCCGAACCGACUCCCAGAACUACCAAUCCACCAACGUCGAUCACAAUAGUGGGAGCUACCCUACGUGGAACGAGAAGCUCCAGCUGCCAUUGCCACCUAAUGCUCGAUCAAUCGCCGUCGAGGUACUUUGCAAGACGGUGACCGGAUUGAAGACAGUCGGGAGCGUGAAUAUUCCCAUAUCGGAUAUCACAGAAGACUACUUGCCCGCUUCUCGGCUUCACUUCCUUAGUUACCGUUUGAGAGAUCCAGAUGGACAGCCAAACGGGAUCGUCAAUUUGAAAAUUAGGAUGGUGGGCCCGGAUUACGUCCACCAGCGAACGCCACCGUUGUUAGCGAGGCAGAAGUGUUCUGAUGGGAUUGCAAUUGGGAUUCCUGUGCCUUACGGUUACAGAGUUUAGUAACUACAAUUUGGUUGCAGGAGAGAAAUCAUUUGAUCUAGUUCAGAUCUUCCUUUCCUCUUCUUUUAGGUCCUGUGAUCAUCUUUGAUGGACCAUGGUGCGAAAAUUGCACCUAGAUGAGGGUUGGUAAUGGACAAAAUAGAGAGAGCCCAAAAAUCCACGGUUGGGAUUAAGCAAUUUUUGUAUCAGAGUCCAUUAUGUUGGGGCCUUGUUUUAUGUACUUCCCAAAAAUUGUAACAAAAUAUUUGUAACCUCAAUUAAGAUCGUUUAUUCAAUCAGCAAAUCCAUUUUCCAUCAAUCCAAUCUAAAAUAGUGAUUCACUCA